AUGUCGUCGGGCGUUACGCUUACGGCUGCCUCCUUCGGCUCGCUAACGGACAGUGCCGGACGAAGCGUGGAAGUGAAAAAAUUCACCUGGCAAACGAAAGCCGGCCUCAAGCUGGCCAUCCUCAGCCUGGAUGCUGCCAUCGUCGAGCUGUGGGUGCCGGAUCGCGAUCGGCAGUCGGCCAACAUUCUUCUCGGCCCCGACACGCUCGAGGAGUACCAGCAACUCGAUUCCGACCUCAUCUGCGGCGCUUGCUUCGAGCACGAAGGCACCGAGUCCGGAGAGACGAAGAAGCGACCGUUUGCUGAUCGAGUUUGGCAACCGUUCGUUGACGGAACACGGCUCCACCUGAGUGUGCUGCUGCGGUGUGGUCGCAAGAAUACGGUGGCCACCGUUAGCGUGUCGGUCGACCCGGCGAACGUGGUGCACUUCCACUAUCAGACCUGCAGCACCGGUAAAGUGGUCCGGCUGGCCCACCGGCUGCUGGUGAACCUGGCGGGGCGAGAUGCGGGACCCGCCGGCACGUACGCACACGUUGUCCAGCUCAAUGCCAAUUCGUACGUCGAUGGCCGCCACAACUUGCGAGAUGCCGCCGACGAUGUGGCCGAUCUACGUGUUGCGCAACAUCUUGGCUUUUCCAUCCACCGGGCGAACGGUGCCACUAAGAACUUGGCCGGCGUUUACUCACUGCAAACCGGAUCCAGUGCGGGAUCCAGUUUUACCCGUGCGGGUCAAACCUUCGGUCUGCGAAUGAUCCACGGCGGAACUGGUCGCGUUGUGGAGCUUUAUUGUGAUUUUCCGUGGCUUCGCUUCAACACCCUCAACCACCUGCCGGACACGGAGGACUCGAUAUCGUCCUACUACCCGCGCCACGGGUUACGUCAAUUGUCGCUCUUGUUCGAUUUGAAUCGCUUCAUCAUGUCCAUCGUCAACGUUAUCGAGGGAGCCCCGGAGGUCCUCAUCCAGCAUAACAAACAUGACAACAACAAGGAAAAAUUCAAUCCCGACGGACGGUUUGUGAAGCACUGCGGUUUCCUGGUGCACCCACUGGGCAACAUCGUCAUGAUCGGGGCAGGAGGCGGAACGCGGACAGCGGAAGCAGAUCCGAAGUCACGCCCCACAUACUUCAAUGCACAUGUGAGCCUGAAGUUUGGUCUCUGCCGAGAGAUGCGAUCUCGAUCAGCGGUUCGUAAAUCGGUCAAGUCCAUGAAAAAGGGUUGUGUUUAA